GCAAUGAAUUCCUCAUCGGCCAAGGGUUUCCGCAGGACUGUGUCCGAGCUGGACUCCAAACAGGCUGAGGCGGUGACGUCGCCCCAUUUCAUCGGGCGCAGGCAGUCCCUGAUUGAAGAUGCGCGGAAGGAGCGAGAAGCGGCCGCUGCCGCCGCCGCCGCCGAGUCAGCGGAUCCCGGGGAGCAGCUGGUGUUCGAGGAGGAAGGUGGCAGGGCCAUGGUGAACUUAUUCUUCACGGUCCGCGGUACCAAGAGCUCUUCACUCUCCCGGACCCUCAAAGUCUUCGAGACGUUUGAAUCUAAAAUACACCACAUUGAAACAAGGCCAUCCAGGAAACCAAAAGAUAAAGAGAUAUUGGAAUUCUUCAUCCGUUGUGAAACAAACGUCUCAGAUAUCAGCACCUUGGUCAGUUCCCUGAAAAGAGUUGCAGAUGAUGUAAAAACAACAAAAGAAGAAAAAUUUCAUUGGUUUCCAAAAAAACUAUCAGAUUUGGAUAGAUGUCACCAAUUAGUUACAAAAUAUGAGCCGGAACUGGAUCUGGAUCACCCGGGAUAUGCCGAUGCUCAAUACAGGGAACGGCGAAGGCAGAUUGCAGAAAUUGCGAUAAAUUAUAAACAUGGCGAACCAAUUCCCAGAGUGGAAUACACCCCUGAGGAAAUAGCAACAUGGAGAGAAGUGUUUGUGAACCUAAAGACUUUGUAUCCAACACAUGCUUGUGCCGAACACCUGGAGGCCUUCAGACUGCUGGAGAAACAGUGUAAUUACAACAAAGACAACAUCCCUCAACUUGAAGAUGUCUCCUGCUUCUUGAAAGAACACUCAGGAUUUCAGCUGUGGCCUGUUGCUGGGUUACUUUCAGCCCGAGACUUCUUGGCGAGUCUCGCUUUCCGAGUUUUCCAGUGUACACAAUAUGUAAGACAUGCCUCUUCGCCAAUGCACACUCCUGAGCCGGAUUGCUGCCAUGAGCUGCUGGGACAUGUCCCUAUGCUGGCUGACAAGACAUUUGCUCAAUUUUCUCAGAAUAUAGGUCUUGCCUCCCUAGGAGCAACUGAAGAGGAAAUUGAAAAACUUUCGACUCUUUACUGGUUUACUGUGGAAUUUGGACUGUGCAAGCAACAUGGAGAAAUUAAAGCAUUUGGAGCUGGCCUGUUAUCGUCCUAUGGUGAGCUAAUUCACGCCCUGUCUGAUGAACCUGAGUUACGGGAAUUUGACUCCGAGGCUGCUGCUCUGCAGCCCUAUCAGGAUCAAACAUACCAACCAGUGUAUUUUGUAUCAGAAAGUUUCAGUGAUGCUAAAGACAAACUGAGGAAGUAUGCAGCCAACAUCAAGCGGCCGUUUUCAGUGAAAUACAAUCCAUUUUCCAAGACCAUGGAAGUAUUGGACAAUCCUCAGAAAAUCAAGACAUUUUUGGACAAUCUGAAGGAUGACUUGCAGUUGCUGACUGAUGCACUGGAUGUUUUAUCCUAACCUCUGGCUCUGCAUGCAAUCAUAGAAUGCAGAUGUACUUCAACUCUAUUACUGUUGCAUUGCUAGCUUCAUCAUUUGUAAGUCGGAUGUUUUAGCUUUCAUUCUGAUGUAGCAAUGUGUGUGAACAGGCAUGAACAGAAAGUUCUAGAAAAUGGACAGUUUGCUUCACUGCCUCUGCUAGGUGGUUUUCAUUUCUUUUGCCUCCUGACGUGUGGAACGUUAGAGGAGGUGCAGGCAGGUAAAAUUGAUCGUUACUGCUGUAGACAAAGGGCUCAUGGUGAGUGGGCAGCUUGCUUAACAUGAGCAAAGAAAAUGAUAAGCAUUGUUGAGUUGGUUAUUGCAACACACCCAACUUGGAUACAAAUCAUGCAAGUGGAUGUCUGUUUGAAUGAAUGGGGGUCUAACUUUUAUAUUGUGACUGCAAUGUCCUUCCCUGAUUGUGUUCUUAAGUGUUGAAAGGGCCAACCUGCUCUUGCAUCCCCUCUCAAAAUUGCCUCUCUGUAUAUUUUCUGCUAAAGUGAAUAACUUCGUAACUAACACGUUAAAAUUGCAUCUGCAAUGUGCCUGCCUGAUUCUAUCCACAUCCUCCUGAAAUUUACUGCUGUUCUACUCAGUAGUUUCCAAGUUGCCAAGCUUCUAUCAUCCACAAUAUUGAAAAUUGUACUCCCUUUAUUGAAGUUCAUGUCAUUUAUAUAUGUAACAAGAAAAACAGUGGGUCCUAAUUCUCAUCCCUGGGGAGCACCAGUGCACACUUAUCUGCAGUCUGAAAAACAUCCUGCCACCAUUACCCUCUUUGUCUUAUCCCAUAAGUUAUUUUGCACUCAUUGUCUCUGUCCAUUUAGCACCACUAUUUUCUGAAUAAGUCUGUCAUGUGGAAUUCUAAUCCACAACUUUUGUAAGCUCAAAUACACAAGAUCUACUGCAGUACCUUUAUCAACUCUCUGCUCCUUCAUCAAAUAGUCAAUCGAGUUACCUCAACAUGAAUUACCUUAAAUAAAUGUGCGUUGUUUGUCCCUUAUUAAUAUUUAAGACUUAAUCUUGCCCUGUAAAAUAGCUUGGUGCCUUUGUUAAUAAUGUCACAAGGUUCUGCUUUAAAUGCUGUUAGUAUUGAGCUUUGGGAAGUUGACCUGUUUGUACCAGCCCAGGCCAAUGGUCAACCCUCGUUCAGAGUGUGCAUUCUCACUGACAAUCCUGUUGCUGUCAUGUUGACUUAUGCUGUUCUCCUCCAUGUAUUGUGUGGCAGUGGUCAAGUCUAAUGUCUCUCACAGGAAUCUUCAAUAUUUAAGGUAGAAUAUUGGCUCUGCUCUGUCAAUGUAAUAAA